GACAGCUGCCCGGGGGAGUCCUGCACAUCGUGCCGCGUCCUAUCCCGUCUGUCCCACCCGCCGCCGCUGCCGCACCAUGACCACCCAGCAGAUAAUUCUCCAGGGCCCGGGACCAUGGGGCUUCCGCCUUGUGGGGGGCAAGGACUUCGAGCAGCCGCUCGCCAUUUCCCGGGUCACUCCCGGAAGCAAAGCUGCUAUCGCUGAUUUAUGUAUCGGAGACGUCAUCACAGCCAUAGAUGGGGAAAAUACUAGCAGUAUGACGCACUUGGAAGCUCAGAAUAAAAUUAAGGGUUGCACAGACAACUUGACUCUCACAGUAGCCAGAUCUGAACAUAAAAUCUGGUCUCCUCUGGUGACCGAGGAAGGGAAGCGUCAUCCAUACAAGAUGAAUUUAGCUUCAGAACCCCAAGAAGUCCUGCACAUUGGAAGUGCCCACAACCGAAGUGCCAUGCCCUUUACCGCCUCGCCGGCCACUAGCUCUGCCCCCAGGGUCAUCACCAACCAGUACAACAACCCAGCUGGCCUCUACUCUUCUGAAAACAUCUCCAACUUCAACAAUGCCUUGGAGUCAAAGACAGCAGCCAGCGGGGAGGAGACGAAUGGCAGACCCUUAGAGCAUUCUCAGCCUCCCAGCGGCCUCGUCAUCGACAAAGAAUCUGAAGUUUACAAGAUGCUCCAGGAGAAACAGGAGUUAAAUGAGCCUCCCAAACAGUCCACUUCAUUCCUGGUUUUGCAGGAAAUUCUGGAAUCUGAGGAGAAAGGGGAUCCUAAUAAGCCUUCGGGAUUCAGAAGUGUUAAGGCUCCAGUCACCAAAGUUGCUGCAUCGAUUGGAAACGCUCAGAAGUUGCCCAUGUGUGACAAAUGUGGCAGCGGCAUUGUAGGUGUGUUUGUGAAGCUACGGGAAAGGCACCGCCACCCUGAGUGUUACGUGUGCACCGACUGUGGCACCAACCUGAAACAGAAGGGCCAUUUCUUCGUGGAAGAUCAGAUCUACUGUGAAAAACAUGCCCGCGAGCGGGUCACGCCGCCUGAGGGUUACGAUGUGGUCACUGUGUUUCCCAAGUGACCAGUGGGUGUUUUCUGACUGCUGCUCUCCAUUCUGACCCUGCUGCAGUUUGUUCUCUAAGUGUUCUGGCUCUUUCCUCUCCUGAAAGAACUGUGCUCUUCAUGGUU